UGUUUUUUCUUGGUUUGAUUGUCAAGGGGGAAUUAUUUUUCAAAAUGUAUUUUAUUAUGGGGGUGGGAUGGGGGCGGGGGGUGGAGUAGGAAAGAAGGCAAGGUGGCCUUUAGUGAUCAUGUGCAUGUAGCAAUUAAUGCGAACUUACAGGAGGUUUAAUUUUUAAGUUUUUUAAUGUGGUUAGUUGAGUGUUGUAAUUUAGUCCCAAUGUUUUUCGACCAAAAUUGUGCCAGGGAACUUUGAAAUAAUCCUCAUUCCAAAUUAUACGUGUUCGAUUCCAAACCAUUUGUGUCUAAUAUGACAUGCUUUUUAUGGGUUGGGAGGAGCUGUUUGGUUGAACUAGUUCAGUGUUUGCUCAAACUAAACUGUACAACACAUUUGAUUGCCAAGCUGUUUGUGUCUAAGUAAUACACAUGCUAUUCCUGGAUUGGGAGAAGGGCUGUUAAGAUGAUCAUGCUGAGUGUUGACUUGUGUUAACCUUAAGUACGUGCUCUGGAUCCUCGACACUCAGACAAGUGUCAACAUGGGUAGGACCAACAGUUCAUUUUGCUCCAGCAUCGUGGAAACUUAUCACAAAAUAGCGUGUCAGACUCUUGGACAUAUACUCGCUUUGGACACGAGUACCUGAGUAACAUAGGUGUUGAUAAUUAAUCCCUUUAUUUUUUAUUUUUAAUUGGUAUGCCACAUUUAGGUGGUUGAUCAGGGGUUUCUGCCUUGAGUAUUGUGGUGGUUAUACAUUUAUUUUGUAAUUUAACAUGAUCUGAACUUAUAUUCUUUAGUCUGUUAUAGUGUUACUUUCAGUUGCCAGACUUGUCAUCCAGUAAUAUAAGACGUGGAAUACACAGUGUCCCAAUCUGCAAGUUAACUUAUAUUUACUUAUUUUGAGUUUAUAUGCUUUUUAUUUAUUCAAAUGCUAACAUUUUCUGGGGUUAUUAUUAAUAAACAUUGCUUGUUGGAUGGAUUUCUGCUUUUCUGUUUGCUAUGCACAUGCUAAGUUGCUAGGAUGUAAUGUAAAAUAGAACUGGCCCUUACCUCAAGGAUGAUAGUUUAUUAUGAUUCAUUUUUUUAAAUAUCUUAGAUGUUCUUGUACUUUUCUGGAAGUGUUCGCUUAUUUCUGGAGUGCUAUUUUCGUUAUUGCUGUUUAUAUGGGAUUAACUAAAUCAACUAACAUUUAGGAAGUUCUUAUUGAUUUAUGAUUCAUGUCAAAUUUCAUCUGGAAAGCAACUCUAUAUGUGUUAUAUGAGCUUCUUUAUGUAGCAUUUGCAAUUGGCACAUAGGCAGCCAUAAUUGUGGUAGAUAGUGUUUCUUGGCAGGCUCUUUGAUUUGAUUUAGAUGUGUUUCUUUUUUUUUUCUUUUUCUUUCUUUAAUCUCAUGUGCAUGGGGAGAUUGAGUUCAACGGGGGAUCUUCUAUGUUCUUGCUCUAUGGAGUUUCUGGGUAGAAGAAAGAUUAGGUGGGACUUGGUUUUUAGAGCCAUUACACAAGGGUGUUUCGGUUUUGGUCAUUUACAAGAUCAAACAUAGAGCCUUAAUCCCAUAUGUAAGGUACUAAGGUAUUUUUACAUGACCAAGAUAUCAUCUCAUCAUCCCUUGAGGUCAUCUGUAUGUAGCCUUUUUCCAGUCCUUUCUACCAAGCACCAUAUGCUGUUGGAUCCUGUUAAUAACCUCAAUCCAUGUCAAUAUGUCAUUCUUGGCCUCCUUUGGCUUCUUUGUGAUGAUUUUUUGUGGCUGUAUGGCACCAUUGAAGGGAAUUAGCUUUGGCAAUCCUCACAAAGAACGCAGAGCAGAGAAAUGCCAUGCCCAUGAAAUUCAUCUUAGAGGUCUUUUUUCUCCUUGGGUAUUUGUUAGGUAUUUUGACUAUUUCAUUGCUUAUAUUUUUCUACAGAACACCAACCCCCCCCCCCCCCCCCCCCCCCCGUCCUGCACCUCUAUUUAUUUUCAAGUCAUUGUUCUCUAUCCAUCUUCAAUUCAUCAUACUUUAUUUCAACAGUUUGGGGGGUAGCAGGAAUGAGUUGUUAGAAAUUUCCAUGUUAGUUUGGGCUUUUCCUUAAUUCUACUUUUACUAAGGUGGAAGGGGUCUCAAUUCUAAUGAAAAUUUUGCUUGGAUUUAUAGUAUUAUUCAUCUUUUUUAUUACGCAUAUCACAUGUCUUGUUAGUGGAUGAUGGUUAUCCAUUUGUUACUAUGGUGUAGGUUGGUUUUUAAGGAAACAAUUUUUCAAUAGUGUUGGGGCCAGGUCAGCAUGUGUGCGGCUCCUAUGGGUUUUGGUAGACAUGUAGGACAGAAAGACCUACGGAGGUAAUUGGUUUUUGCUAAAUUGGAGUUCUUUGUAUUGCAAAAUAAAAUGAAGGGGGUCACCAGACAUGUGUUUCUAGUGAAGAAUAAUUAUGGGAAAUGAUAGUGACGACAGUGUAUUAAACUAUUAACAUUGCUAUGUGUGAUACUCAAUGGCCUCAUGGGGUGUCUCUGGUAAGUCUUUGUUAGAUCUAAGUGGGAUUGGAGAUCCUUCUUUUAUAUUCUAUCAAUUUAUGAACUUCAGGUUUACCUUCUUUGUUAUUUGUUUUAUACCUUUAUGCAUUCAUGAAGUUGUUUCCUAAACAGAGAAAUUUAUUCUCUGUAAGAACAUGGUUACAGCAUUCCCUUGAAAUUCCAGCUAGUUUGCCACCUGAUUAUUGGGCGUAAGGUCACAAUGCAUAAUAAAUACUUUGGCUUGCUUGUAUGGUAUGGAUUCGAAUAAUUGGAAUUCAUUGCUUGUAUCAUCCCAUGUUUUUCUUCUAGUGGGAACCAGAUUUAAGGAUAUAAUUCUGAUGCGUACAUGGUGUAGGAACUUUAUUUUCUAUUGCCUUACCUUAUAGUUCUGUUUAUGUUUCCUUCAAACUGCCUCUUUUGUUUAAAGGCUGGGGGGAGGUGGGAUGGGGUGGAAGCUAAGUCGCAUGCAUUAUACAAUUUAUACCUCCACUGCUUUAGCUUUGCGGUUGUUUAUUGGUUUGGUUACUGUACUCUUUUAUCCUGUCUAGUUCUCUUUGAUACCAGAGCUUGCUAUGGUGUUUUACUUUUGUUUUUCAUGACAUACUGUUCACGUAAUAUAAAUUUAUUUGCUAUGUUAACAUUGUCCAAGAGGCCAAAGCUUCCAUAUAUGGUUGUUUUGUAAUAAGGUAAUUGUUGGCUAUUGCUUGUGAUGAUCUUCUUCAAGGACCAAUGAAUCAGAGGUAUGGCUGUCUUUUUAUCCACCACCCUAAGGCUGUUGUAGAAUGAUACUGAGAAUACUGUUUGAAUUGGUGUCUUAGGGUAGGCUUGGGUCAGUUUGAUCUUGUUCAAAUGAGGAUUCUUUGGGAAGAAGAAAAGAGUAUGAUGUUGAACAAUGGUGUCUUUUGCAAUUAUGCCCUGCAUUUGACAAUUAGCUGCAUAAUAGAAAUUUCUAGGAUGGAUACUUUGCCAAGCAUUUGACUAAAGGAUGUAAUGUCCUUUGACCUUGAGGGCUGAGGCUGCAGCAGAAUUUUCUUUCAUUAGUGAAAUUGUUAUUACAUCGAGGACAGUCUUUUUAAAUCUGGGAUGUAGUUCUGGUUGAGACAACGGUUACAGAACCACUUUGACGGACAAUGCAGAUGGUUUGCAGCUAUCGUGGCCUAAUAUCCUAUUGCGGUAAGCUCAAAACCUGGGAUGCAGUUCAUUAGUGACAUUUGUUAUUAUGGAGGAUGCUGCUCAUUAGUGACAUUGUUAUUACAUUGAGGACAGUCUUUUUAGAAUAGUAAGCUUUUGCUCUUCAGACAACUUCUGUUCUUCUGACAUAUAGCUUGGAUAUUUAUUUUUCAAUUUUUGUUAUAGUCCCAAAUAUUUAAAAUUUGUUCUAGUAAACUUAAUGGGGGAUUGAACUUAAUAAGGAGGUUUGCACCUACCAAGGUUAUGAGCCUUGGCAAGGUGUGACGUAACUAAAACAAUGUUUGGUUUGGGGGCAUUUUCCAGGAAAGCGAUUUUCCCGUUUUCCUCUAUUUGGUUUUUAAAUGAUGGAACUUAGUUCUCCCAAGAGUGGAGCCAUGGGAAACAGUUUUGCAAAGAAUAGAAGGCACAUUCUCCUCCUGAGUCCUUACCUUCCUCUUCCUCUCCUAUCAUCCACCCUAUUUCCUAUUUCUUUUUUCUCUCUAACUUUUCUGGCAAAAAACCAAAUAAAUGAAAACUAAUAAACUAUUGUGAUUUCCAUUGUUUAAUGUUAUGUCAAACCAAACAUAGCUUAAGGCAUUCUUGCUUUUUUGUUGCAGGAAAAUUGUUGUCACUUGGACAAAGGUGGUCACUGCCAUGGGAGAGAGGCCUUGGAGAAGGGAGGGGUGAAAAUCAAAGGCAUAGAGUCAUAGAUGAUGCCCAUAAUGCUGCUAACUAUGAGGUGAUCGUGAAAUGCAGAUGGAGGGGAAAGUUGAGAGGUAGAUGGAAUUGGUCUAAGAAGUUUUCUUCAGUCUCUUUAAACUUUAAAGCCACCAUUUUCCUUUGCUUAGCAAAUGUGUCUAUUUUGAUAUGAUGAUAUCUAUAUAUUUAUUUAUUCUGGUUAGCCUUUUCAAGGACUUGCUUUUUGAGAAAAAGAAGAUGAGGAAUAGCUAUGUAGCUUUGAGAAGCAUCUUCUUCGUUUAAUCCCAUCCGAGCUUCAAUGGAUUUAUUGAUUCUGUAGCUUCUAUGCUGGUAUCAAAAUGGCUAGAACAAAAAAUGCAGCGAAGACAUCUGAGGAUGAUCCUCAUAUUAAGAAUGCAGAUCCUGAUUUAGUGAAACAGACACAAGAAGUUGCUGCUGAUGUAGGGUAUGAGGCUGUUCCGUCCAGAAAAGGGACAAAGAAAACACAAAAAGUGAAGUUGGAGUAUGUAGAGCCUGAUGGUAAAACAAUUGAGUUGGAUAGGGAUUUUACACCCAUCUGUAGACCAGAAGCUCUCAUUAAUAUGCUAUCUAUCAUCAAGGAGAAAGACAAACAAGUCAAGGCCAUAACUGAAAUUGGAUUUGGUGGCCUGCUGUCUAUUCGUCUUCCUGGUAUUAACAAGAAGCUUAUUUGCUGGAUUCUUGAGAAAUUUAACAGUGUUGGUCAUAUGCUGCAGUUUGGGGAAGGCCGGAAAUAUGGUGUGCAGCUAUAUGAUUAUGAUGUGUAUGACGUGUUUAGGCUGCCCUUGGUGAAAGGUGUUGAUGUUGAAGAAACACCCAGGAAGAGGGUUGAGGGAGAUGGAACGUUUGAAAUGAUCCAGAGGUGGUUUAGAAAAUAUAACAAAAAAGACAAUGUGCAAUCUGCUUCUUUGUCUGAGGUGGAGAUUUAUCUUGCAAAUACUAACGAGUACGGAGACGAAUUCAAGCGUGCGUUUGUGAUUUACGCUUUAGGUGUUUUCUUGGCUCCCACGUCUAACCGUUUGGUAGACAUUAAGCUUCUUAAGGCAGUAGAGGAUGUUUCAAAAAUUGCGAAACAAAAUUGGUGCAAGUACGUGCUUGACCAUUUGGGGUUGGCUGUAUGUAGGUGGAACGAAAAAAUUACUAAUACUAGAGUUGGCGGUUGUUUACAAUUUUUGGAGAUUAUAUAUCUUCAAAGAGCUUUAUUCCGUGGUGUAAGUCCGCCCAAGGAGAUUCCGCUUGUGCAACAUUGGUCUCCUGACGAAGUAUCUGAACGUGUAGCUGCUGAGGUGAAAAUGGGUUUUGGGCUAGCUGCUGUUGAUUUAACGAGCUAUCCUUUGUCAAAGUCUCUUGGUGAUUUGUCGGGGAUACCUCAUUCUGCAUCGGGAAGUAAGAUGAUUGAGUUUGCUAUUCCUGAAGGUUUUCAGACAAAUGAUGAUAUUGAAAAGAGCUGCGAUGAUGAGUUGGAAGUAGCAUUGAAAAAGUAUUGCCGGGAUUUAUACAUUGUUUCCAAUUUUCAUCAGCAGCAUAUCAGUACGUUAAAGAAGGGAAGACAACAAUUGUCAGAUAGUCCUGGUUAUGGAGAUCCGGUAUUUUUGGAGAUUAUAGACUCCAUUGUUGCAUAUGCUGAAGAUCUGAAGAAAAAUAACAGUUGUGCUGCCGGUGCUGGUAAUGAUGCAUCUGAAAAGAAUGGUGUUGCUUCUGGUCUUGCCGGUGCUGGUAAUGAUGCAGGUGAAAAGAAUGGUGUUGGUGUUGCUUCUGGUUCUGUCGGUGCUGGUAAUGAUGAGGCUGAAAAGAAUGGUGCUGCUUCUGGUGCUGCCGGUGUUGGUAGUGGUGCAGGUGAAAAGAACGCUCCUGCUUUUGGUUCUGUUGGUGAUGGUAGCGGUGCAGAUAAAAGAAUGAUGCUGCUUCUGGUUCUGUUCCUUCAACGAGUGAUACAUCUGGUGGUCGUCAACCAGAAAAUGAUAAUCUUUGUUGCAGCAUAG